GGUGUUUGCUAAAUACUGCUGGCUAGUCUGAAGGAGCUGAGUGAAGGAGGAGCUGCGUCUCGAAGGCGGCAUUUACAGUGUGGUUGCUUCUCUGAUCGAUGCUUUCAUUGCUUAACAAUUUAUGUGGACACCGAUAUGUUGGCAGUCUAUUUACACUGAAAGAAGAAAACAGGUGAUCUAGCUUUUUUUUAAAAGUUCAUUUGUUACGUUUAUCCAAGUAAAUAUAAGCUUAAGAAGUUGUCACGUCAAACAAAUAAAUUAAGUUUGACAAAUACAGUUGACCGAAGUCCUGUACACCACACCCAGAAAUAAAAACCAAGAAUAAAUUCAAUAACGAUAAGUGUAAAAAUGGAAACUUCAAGUUCAAAGUCAGUGAGAAAAGGUAAACUUUAAGAGAAGACUUUUUUUUAAAAAGCACGAAGAGACUCAGUUUGUCUGAUAUGUAAACCAUUCCACAGUUUUGGGGUAUCAGAGUGAAGGAGGCUGCACAGAAACACAUGUAUUCGGAAACAUUUUUUUAAAAACUGUCUCUCCUGAGAUUUUUUCCCCCUGUUUUGUUUUGGUCAUCACACAAAAUCCCAAUAAAAUCCAGCAAAGUUUCUGAACAAUGUGAGAAAAAGUGAAAAAAAGUUGUAGUUAUACUCCUAUUUUGUCUUAAAGGAUUAUGUGGUCUCUUUAAUCCCCACUGUGCCCCUCAACCCCCCACCUUGUCAGCGCGCGCGUGGUGAUGAGUGGAUGACAUGCUCUGCGUCAUCCACAACAAGCUCCCACUCGGUCCCGCGUGGCCCCCAUUCAUUCACUCAUUCAGGCUUUCGGCUUCGCUGUUCCAAGUUUUUCUCCAGUCAGUUUGGACUUUUUGUUCCCCGAAUCCUCCGAAACUAAACCAGCUUCUGGACUGUUUCUCCCCCACUCAGCAGCUUCUGCUUUUACGCACGAGAGGAGCAUGAGCUGUUCCAAGAGGUGACUUGAUUCCUUUUACAUUUACAACAUCAGCCCGUAAAAAAUGGCAAAACCUUUGGAUCACAUUAAGAGGCCCAUGAACGCCUUCAUGGUUUGGUCCAGAGGGCAGAGGAGGCGGAUGGCCCGGGAGAACCCCAAGAUGCACAACUCUGAAAUCAGCAAGCGGCUGGGCGCGGAGUGGAAGCGGCUCUCUGACCCGGAGAAGCGGCCGUACAUCGACGAGGCGAAGCGGCUGCGGGCUCAGCACAUGAAGGAGCAUCCGGACUACAAGUACCGACCCCGGCGCAAACCCCGGAGCCCCUUGAAGAGGGACCGCUUGGUUUUCCCGCUGCCGUCUCUGCUCGGCGACGCAGCGGAACACCUGAAAGGGGUUAACCUGGACUCUUUGAUCGUUUCCGGGGACAAACCCAGAACUCUGCUCUCUCCCUCCUCCUCCUCCCCCUCUUCGUUCUCGCUCUGUGAGCCUGUCACGCAGUUCAGCACCGGAGCUGUCCAGCGGAUUGCGGAGAUGCCGCACGCUCUGGCCGCAGGCGCGAUGCCCUACGGCGCGCACGCCUUCGGCUACCAGGGCGGAGGGUACGGGGGGCUGGCAAGCCCCGGACAGCACCAGCUUCCGUCCAGCCCAGCCGGGUACGUGGUUCCCUGCAGCUGCAGCGCCUGGUCCGCAGCCUCCCUGCACCCUCAGGUGGCGUACAUCCUGCUCCCAGGAGGGAUGAGCAAGGGUGCCGUGGACUCGUCAUACGCUCCAUCAAACUCCCCCAGCAUGUGACCGACUGGAAAACAAAAAACUACUAUCAAAUAUUCCUCUAAAGGAAGAAUCAACAAAUGUGGCUGGAAAGGCGUACAGAGGAGGAGUAACAUCUUAUAAUAACUCCAAGCUUUUGAAGAAACAAAAUAAAACCAGCUGAAGAAAGUUUUAUGUGCGAACAUAUCUCUUUUAUUAUUACUUGAAAAUGCACUAAGACAAUGUAAUCACUUUCAUAUGUUGCUUUAAAACCAAGAAGGGAAGAAAAAAAAACUGUUCUGAACGAUUUUCGUAAAUCUGACAUUUCUUCCUGUUUCUCACCUGGACGCGAUUCCUAUCAAGGUAUGCUUCUUUGUUUUCAGAACGAAUAAAACAGAUAUUUAGAUGAUAUCUGUGGAGCUGAAAAUCUAUUAAUCUGGUGUCAUUCAAAGAGAGCAGCGUUUAAAAUAAACUUGAGUCUAUUUAGUCUAUAUACUGUAUAUAUAUAUAUAUAUAUAUA